AGUUGGUAGUUAUCUACUUUACCGAUUGAGGUUUCUGAUUGUUUCGCGAAGUGUGCGUGAUGCGUUGAAAAUAAAUUAAUGUAACAAUAAAAUGUAAACUUUAAGGAAAACAGAAAUGGGUCGAUCAAAAUUUCCUGGGAAACCCUCUAAACAUAUUCUUAGAAAGAGGGUAAAUGUUCUUCCACCAACAGGAGAAAUAACUAAUGUUGAAUCUAAUAGUUCACUGACAGUUAGUUCUGUUGUAGAAAACAAACAGGAUGAAGAUUUGACCGACAGUGAUGGUGAAAGUGCACAUACUGAAACUACUAUAAACAAAAAUGUUUCAAUCAAAAGAAGACUGACUAGGAAGCUAAAAUCUUCAAUACGAAAUAAAAAUGUAACUAAAAGAGCCUUGUUAUCCAAAAUGUGCACUAAAGCUUCUGUGAAAACCAAACUAAAAACAUCUUUAUCCAGAAAAGCAGUACACACUUAUAAUACAUCUUGCCAUGGAAAAGUGACAAAAGAAUCUACUAAUCUUGUCGGUAAAUUCGUUUUACCAACAAGAAGUGUACAUUCUUCUCGUGUAAUUAAACCCAACAAAAGAUUUAUAAGUGAUAUGAAUGAAGCUGUAACUUUGAAAAAGAAGGUUACAAUUGUGAAAAGGCAUUGUGUGAAACAAGAAGAUAGUAAAUCAGAGUUUUCAGAAUCUGGCAGCUUAAAUAGUGAUAGUGAUAAAACAACGUUUACAAAUGGACAUAAAGUAGUACUCAGACAAGCCAGACUUAAAUUACCUAAUGAAAUAGGCUUACAGGGUCCUUUCUCAAGUAAACCCAAUUCAUCUUCAGGGAUUGUUACUUGUGGUGUGUGUGGUGCAGUUAGAUUUUACAGAUUUCUCAAGCAAGCCAGAAAGUUUAACAUCUAUAGUUGUGAGUCAUGUAGAAAGUUUAUUGCAAAAAUGAUCAAAAGGCAAGCAUGCGGUAACAAAAAUAACCAAAUAACUUUAGUUUGCAAUAAAGGACAAGGCAACUGCCAUGUACCUACAGCUGUAAAAAACCAGCAAUGGAGAUUGAGUAAAUGCGGCUAUAGAUGUCCAGCUUGCUGGUUAAAGAUAUGCCUUCGUGCAUUUCAAAUUCCUCCAUCAAUAAAGCAAGGUCUAAGUGGCAUGUUACCAAAAAAUAUGCAAGGGUCAGAUAUUGACUCAAACAAUUCCCAACCUCCCUCUUUAUGGCAGGCAAAUGUUGAAACAAAAAUAGUGAUAGAGAAACCACAAGAGACAACGACUUUAAAACAACGACCUGUAAGAUUUAAAAAUCCAAAAGCUCAAGCAGCACCUUCCCUUCCUAUUUCUAAUUCAGAUAUUAAAAGACAGAAAAUAGAUCUUAAAGGCCCCCGGGUGAAGCAUGUCUGUCGCAGUGCUUCAAUAGUAUUAGGUCAACCACUUGCCACUUUUCCAGAAGGUGAGAAGAAAUGUGAUAACCAAGAACAAGUUAAUGAUAUUAAAAUAGCUGAUGAAAAGAUAGUGGGUGAUAAAACCAUAAGUGAUGUUAAAUUUACUAUCCCUAAUAAAAGUGACUCAAUACUUAGUGAACCAGAAUCAAAUUGUAGUGAUAGGACAUCAAAAAAUUCUAGCAGUGAUUCAACCGAUUUUACCACUAAGAGGGAGAAACUCUACAGAAAUGCUACUUUUGUACCGCAAAGCUCUUCAGAGACUAAAGCACCUGAAAGAAAGAAGAAUCUCGUCGACCCUCAACUAGGCAUACUAACUGACUUCUGGGAUGGUUACGAUCCAGAAAUAGUGUGUCAAAAUGGGUUCUGUAUUAUUGGAUCUGAGCAAUUUACCAUGUCAUCAAUAUGUUUUCUUUGUGGAAGCGCUGGGCAAGAACCUAUGCUGUAUUGUUCCAUUUGUUGUGAGCCAUAUCAUUCCUUUUGUCUCGAGCAAGCUCAAAGUUCACCCAUAGACAAGAGUUUGAAAUAUUAUAUGUGGAUAUGUCCACGAUGUACCACUUGCACAGAAUGUAACAAAGUAGACAGACAAAAAAUCAGUUGUCAAAAGUGUUUGAAAGCAUACCAUCCAGAAUGUUUCAAUUCCAAAUGGAAUAAUGAUGAUAAAUCAAUGGUUUGUUCAAAAUGUAUGAAGUGUAAAAGUUGUGGAACUUUGAGUAUAACAAAAUUUGUUGGGAAUUUGCCACUGUGUAUAACUUGUUUCAAAUUGAGAAAAAAAGGAAAUUUUUGUCCAGUCUGCCAACACUGUUAUGAUGAUAAUGAAUGUUGUUCGAAGAUGAUGGAAUGUGCAAAAUGUUCAAAAUGGGUUCAUGCAAAAUGUGAACAUCUAACAGAAGAGCAAUAUCAAAUGCUGAGUAUUCUCCCAGAGUCAAUAGAGUAUGUGUGUGCUAUAUGUUCUAAAACAUCAACACCAUUGUGGAGGAAGGCUAUUAAUAAUGAAAUGAAGAUGUGCUUUAACCAAAUUCUGCGCCAGCUUAGUAAGAACAAAACGGCUAGGUAUUUAUUGAAGUUGAGUCCGCUGAACAAUACAACCUCAUUAAAUAAAACUAUAACAAAUGCUAGAAAAGUGCAAUUUAUGGAUGAAAGUAUGGAUGUUGAUAAUAAUAACAGCAGCAAAGAACCAUUAGAUAUAAAUAAAAUUUAUUCUUUUGAAGAAAAUGAAAAGUAUGAAGCCAGCCUUAGUAAAGUAUCUAAUGUGUUAUCUGUAGUAGAUAUAAAAAAUAAAUUACUCUCAAAUGAGUACACAUCCAUAAGGGAAUUUAAUAAGGAAAUUGAAGAGUCGUUAAAAUUAACAAAAUCUGAGCAGUUAUUGAAAAUUUAUCAUUCUAUAUUUCAAGAUGUAUUCCCUUGGUACAACCAGUCACAAAAUGACGAAUUUUCUGGAGUUUUAGAAAAAGAUCCUGAUAAUGAAUCUCAAAAUAUGAUGGUAGAUGAAAAACCUUUUGUGAAUCUUUCUUCGAUAGUUGUAGAUACUCGAACAUGUAGUUUUUGCAAGGGUGUGGGAGAUGGUGUUAGUCAUCGAGAAUCUAGACUUUUAUAUUGUGGGCAAAAUGAAUGGGUGCAUGCCAACUGCGCUCUUUGGUCUUCAGAAGUUUAUGAAGAAAUUGAUGGAUCUUUACAAAAUGUACAAAAUGCUUUAAAUAGAGGACGUAUGAUUAGAUGUGCUCAUUGUAAACAAAAAGGAGCAAGUGUUGGAUGUUGUUACAAAGGAUGUCAUGAAACUUAUCAUUUCCCAUGUGCUAGAUUAUCCAAUUUAAAAUUUAUGUAUGAUAAAACUGUGUAUUGUGCAACUCAUGAUUUACCUAAAAAGAGUCAUACCAUUAACGCCGAUAAGGAUUUUGACAUUGAUAGAUGCGUGUUUGUUGAGUUGGAUCAAAAGAAGAAGAAAUACUCAGAAAUAGAUAAGACGACUGUUAUGAUUGGGUCAUUAUGUAUAAAAAACUUGGGAAAAAUCGACCCAAUUGUUUCUGAUACAUCUGAAUAUUUAAUACCAGUAGGAUUUGUAUGCACAAGAUUGUUUUGGUCCACAGUAGAACCCUGGAAACUAGUACCCUAUACUAUUACCACUUCAAUUAAGAACACCAUUAACAAUACACUUGUUAUCGAUAAAAAUUUCACAAUUGAUCAUUCCUGUGACAAAAUCAUUGUAGAUAAAUUAAUGCGAGAAAUAAAUGCGUGGCAAAGAGAUAUUGACAAAAAAGUUUGUGAUACAGAGUUUGAUGAUGACGAAGAACAGCAAAAUGGUGCUGAUAUUCUAUCGCCAGAAUUAACUGAUGCUAUUUUAGAAGAGUUACCUCAUGAUCUUUUGGAUGGCAUUUCAGUACAAGAUAUUUUUCCAAAAUUUUCUUAUGACGAAUUGAUUGAUUAUAAAUCUGAUUUGAAUAAUUUAGAGGGCCUUAAUGAACCAUUAAAAAGAACUGAUUUAGAUGAGGAUGUAGAUACAUAUUUAAAGAGUAAAGAUACUAAGAGAGGAAGGAUUGAUCCAAAUAAGAUUGAUUCUCUAUGCAAAUCCCGUCCAUGUCCAAAAACGUGUAGUUUAACACUGAGCUGCAAAUUAGACAGUUCAUUGUCUCCUGCAAUGAAGAAAAGAAAAAUGGCACCUGCGCGAGAUAAUAACGUUAUUUAUCAGCUACUGCAGGUUGAUGGAAAUUUUGAUGAUAGUAGUUCCAGUGAGUGUGGAUCUCCUACUGGCUUAACUACCUCUAAUCCGUGGGGAACUUAUAUUUCAGAAGAACCAGUGACGUGUAAUAAGUGUCAAUCUACUUAUAGAACCCAAGCCAGUUAUCAACGACACCUAGAAUCAUGUGAAAUGCUUUGUACAAGUGAUAGUGAUUCAGAAGUAAAUACUGAACAAGAAAUUGUAGCUACAUACAUUAAUCAAAAUCCUAGUUUAGUAGAAAACCAAGUGAUGGUAAAUGCUAGCGAACCAGUUGUGAUAUCUUCAUUUGAGUCUUUCCAAAGUGAAAUACAUACUUCAGUCCUUAACACUCAAAGCUUUGUAGCAUCCAAAUCAGCAUCAGAAGUAAUUCCUGCCGAAAUAGUUAUUCCAAACAUAACACAAACUACAGAACAAAAAACUAUAUUGCAAGCUCUUCCAAUAAAUACAGUGACUCCUAUAACAUUAGAAACUACUCAGUCUGAUCCGAAUUACCAAUCAACUAUAAUAGGUGAUCCUUCUAUUUCAAUUCAAACUAACCAGCCUCAGUUUUGUGUGAAUCAAACUGUGCCUUUAUGUGUAAAUCAACCAAUUACCCUACAACAAAACAGUAUUCAAGUUAAUCCUACCUCAACUUAUUCCGGAAAUCCCAUUUUAUCUAUAAAUCCUAGUGGUUCUAUAUCGUUAAAUCCAGUUCAGUCCAGCAAUUCUAUAACCAUAAAUCAAAUAAAUCAGCAGCCCAUUCAACAACCCAUAGAUUUCCAUCAAGCACAGUCAGUUACUAUUCAAUCAAUUCCUUAUAAUAACCUCUUGAAUGUAGGAUCUCAAAAUCAAUAUACGUUGAAUAGUAAACUAUUAACAAAUCCAGUAUUACAAUCUGUCAAUAUCCCAAAUACACAGUGGGUAAAGCAAGUUACUAAACCAACAUUAAUAGCUCAAAAAGCUGUGAAAACUAAGACUCGCAGUAGAACUUUAGCAGCUAAACGGUCUCAUUUUGAAGAAGGAGAAACAAUUAUUCUUCCUCAAAACUCCCCUGGUCAAGUAAUAGUGCAACAUUUGCCGUCCACGAAUUAUGUACCGUUUGUUGAUACAUUUCAACAACCAGGUCAAAAUGUACAAUAUGUUGCAACUAUUACUCCUCAAGUUAACACUGUGCCUACUCAGUCCUUAGUACAAAUACAACCAGAUAAUAAUAUCAUAAGCAUAGUUCCUGGAUUACAGCAAGCUAUGUAUAUUCAGCAACCUCGAGUCGAAAACCAAUUAGUUGUGGAUAGUAAUGGUACACUUGGUUGGUCCCAACAACAAACAGUCCAGCCAGUAUAUUAUGGUUUUGAAACUAUAGUUCAAAAUACUGUGAUGCAGUCUCAACAGUUCCUGCCAACAACGAUGCCUGGAGUUUUAACAGCCAACAGUAGUUACUCAACUACUACUCAAGUCUUUCAAACCAGUAAAUUGGAACCAGUAUUGGAUGUAUCGUCUAAUAGUUUUGUUUUAGUGAAUCCAGGACAAUUGGUAAAUUCACAAUCAAUCGUUAACUCGCAACCCAUAGUGAAUUCACAACAAAUUGUAAAUUCUCAAUCACAAACUAUUAUUAAUGCACAGCCGAUAGUUAACUCGCAUCAAACACUUAACCAUCAACCUGUGGUCCACUCUCAAUCGAUUGUCAACUCACAACCAAUGGUACGGUCACAAUCAAUAGUUAACUCUCAACCAGUAGUUAGUUCACAACCAAUAAUCAACUCUCAGCCGAUAGUUAACACGCAAUCUAUCAAUCACCCGAUAGUCAAUUCACAACCAGUGGUCAAUUCGCCGUCUAUAGUAAAUUCACAAACAAUGUCUAGCCCACAGUCAAUAAGAAAUUCUCAACAGCUCCAUAGUCAGCAAUUGCCGGUCAUUUCGCAACCAGCAGUAAGUUUGCAGCAUAUGGUGAAUUCUCACCCUUCAUUAGUUAAUAAUUCACUCCAAACACCACAAUCAUCCAAUAAUAAUAGUCAUACUUUAACGAACCCAGUAAUAUCUCAACCGCUGAUUAUUUCUCAUCCUGUAGAGUUUCAGCAAGCUCAAUCUAUAAAAACAACAUUAAAUAACGUGUUACCUCACAGGCAAGAAUUGAAUAAUGUUUUGCCUAAUAGACAAGAAAUUAGAAUACAAGAAGUAAAUAAUGUAGUACCUCAAAGACAAGUAGUGAAAACAUCACGCCCUCAAAUACAACUGAAACCAUCACAACCACAGACAAUUAAAUAUUCUCAAGCAUCACAUAAACCCAUGACCCCUGUGAUAGGUCAUGGAAUUUCACUUCCAACUGCUCCUUUUGUAUCAGAACAACGUAUACCUACAAAUAUUGUUACACCAAUUCCUAAACCAUCUUCGACUCCUAGUCGUCCAAUGAGUAGGGUGUUGCCAAUGCCCACAAAUAACACCAAAGAAGCAAAAAAGUUUAUUUUCGAUGAUGAAAAACUUUUAAUUUCUGAAGAAAAGAAAAGGGCCUUACAAGUGCAAAAAGUUCAUGAGAUUAAAGCUAACAAUAUAAAGACUGUAAGUAAAAUAGAUUCUAAUAAGAGAAUUGAAAUAGUAGAAUCCAAAACUAUUAGACCGGCUUUCAAACAAUUACUGCCACCUAAACCUUCUCCAGUAUUGAAAGAAGAAAAGAAAGACGAAUGCGUCAAACCUGAAUUGACUAAAAACUGUGUCAGUAUUGAAAAAGUAAAUCCGUUAAAAAUGGAACCUUUAAAAAUAGAACCUAUUAAAAUAGAAAAAUGUCCAAAGAAAGAAAUAAUAAGAGAAGAAGAGGAGGAGAAACCCGUUGAAAUAUCUAUACCUGAAGAUACAAGAUUAGAUAAAUCUUUAAAAUUGAUAUUUCAAAAACAAGGGCAAGAUGGGACAUACAAAAUCAGUUCUAAUUUUUUUACGAGACAACCUAUACAAGUCGCGCCAUUAAAACCAAUUAAAUCAAGUAUGUGUACUCAAAACCAACCAACUUCAUUAAAACAAACAAAAGAAUUAAAGUCAAAAAUGAAGGAAGAACCAAAACCUGUAGAAAAAUUAGAGAAAAUUGAAGAUACUCUCAAACCACAAGUUACUAGAAAAGAAAAUGAAAAUACUCCAACAGUUCUGUACACAAUGGAAACUCAAGAUGGCUUUAAAUAUUCUUCAUCAUCGGUAGGAGAUUUAUGGUCGAAGGUUUUAGAUGCUGUACAAUCAGCAAGGGCAGCUCAUAACAUGCCUCCUUUACCGACAAAUAAUGGCAGCAUGCUUAACUCCUUGCAGAUAUUGGGCUUUAAGCCCAAUGGUUCGAAGUAUUUAAUAGAACAGUUACCUGGAGCUAAUAAAUGUACAAAAUAUAAAUCAAUUUUCAACUUCCCUCCACAUCCUAGUGAUAUAGAUAAUGAUUUAACCCAGGACCAUAUACAUGGAGCAAUACGUUGUGCCCCUUACGAGAAUAAAAAAGACGAACCAUUUGAUAUGUUUGGGUGGCUGUCUUCACAGCAUCGACAGCCAGAAGAAAUAUCUUUGGAUAAUUUGGAAAUAUUGCCCAGAAGGGUGAUAAAUCUGCCGAUGGCUAUGAAGUUCAGGCAGUUGAAACUAACUUCCAAGUAUUCUGUAGGAGUUUAUCGAUCUUGUAUACAUGGAAGGGGCUUGUUUUGUUUGCGUGAUAUAGAAGCGGGUGAGAUGGUUAUUGAGUACGCUGGAGAGGUUAUUAGAUCGAUUUUGACUGAUAAAAGAGAAAAAUACUAUAACUCUAAAGGUAUUGGUUGUUAUAUGUUUAGAGUGGACGACAACUUUGUUGUUGAUGCAACUAUGAAAGGAAAUGCAGCCAGAUUCAUCAAUCACUCUUGCGAUCCCAAUUGUUACUCAAGAGUGGUUGAAAUCCUUGGUCACAAGCACAUUAUAAUCUUUGCAUUACGAAGAAUACUUAGUGGAGAAGAACUAACAUAUGAUUACAAAUUUCCUUUUGAAGAAGAUAAAAUUCCGUGUACAUGUGGCUCUCGAAAAUGUCGGAAGUUUUUGAACUGAUUUACAGUGAAUAAACCUGUUAAUAUUUGUAAAUUUUUCAUUGUAUUUAUACUGUAUAUAUCUCAGAAUUUUAAAAUCUUUUGUUAUAUUUCAAAAAUGUUCUACAAUUCAAUAGAUAAAGUGCAUGUUUUUAGUUACCUGUAUGAAUUCCAAAUAUUCAUACUAAAUAUUUUAAGUGACUAAAAUAUAGCAUUAACAUAAAAAUAUUAAUUUUUUGGGCAAAUAUAAUCUUAAUUCAUGUUUUUUUGCAUAUUUUUAUUUGUAAAAAUGCUAGUAAUUGCAUAGCUGAGGAUUUUGAUCAAUUUUCCAUCUUAUAUUUUCUCAUUUAUCAUUAUUUCCAAGUGGUUUGCUACAAUUUUUUCAAUUUUAUUGUUUAUUCAUAUAUUGCAGAACAAAUGACAUUUAGGUAUAAGAAUUACUAAUUAAAUGUUUAUGUUUUAAGAAAUUAAUAUGUAAUCAAAAAUUAAUCAAAAGUCGACUGUGAUUCUUGUAAAUUUCUUCACUUUAAUAUUAAAAAAAAAUCUUCAUAUAAUCAAGUAUCUUGAUUUAAACAAGAAUUGACAUGCUAUUUUGCGCAAUAUUUCAAUAGCAGUUUCAUUAUAUAUUUUUGAAAUAUAACAAAUUGUAACUUCCUUCCUGAUGUAGCACCUAUUAUGGCCAUUAAAGAUUAAUAACAUUCUCAAAUUAAAUAUAAGUUUUUGUAAAGUCAGUAUUCAAAAAUUUUGUAAGCAUUUUGGCUGUGAGGAUAUAUAUGCAUUUGUGCCAUUGGCUCCAUAGGUGCUAUAUAUAAUAAAUUUUGAUAAAAUAAUACCAUGUGAUAUGUUGUGCAUAAUAUUGAGGAAACUUUUUCACUUAAUACAUUUACAUAUUUCAACGUAUUUAAUGCUCGUUCUUUAUUUGAAUUUAGUUUGUUUUUCUCGACAUUGUGUAAAAAACGAGCUAGAAGUAAGUUUGUUUUUGACUGUAUUUUGUGAAUAAAAUAUUUUGUUUAUACUACGUUUUCAUCGAUAUACACAAUUUUACAAGCUUUCACGUCAAAGCCUUUUAAUACAUUGCCACACAAUUUUAAAAAAUAUUUUUUUAUCACGCCUCAAGUUUUAUAAAUUUCGUAUUUAUGUUAUUUCAGUGUUUUUAAACAGAAGUUUCUGAGAGAUAGAAUGUAUCUUCAUGGGCAAUACUAAAAAUAUUACCAGACUUUUGGGUUAGAAAGGUUGUAAUGGAUUUUAAACACAACAUAACAGUGUGUUAGUGUAUCCUUGUAUACUGAUAGCCUACUUUUUGUGACACUUAUCUGUCAUUACUGAAAUAAUACUAUUUCUUCUCAUAUCACAUUAAUUAUCCGUUAUUGUCGAGAUAAUAUAUUUCAAUAUCAAUUAUCCGGAUGAAUAUUUAUGUAUUUCUUCUCAAUGAUUUAGCAGCAAUGAAAGCGCUGUUGAAAUAUGUUGAAUUGAAUACAUUUAAAACUUCCUAAUUUUCAUAAUUUUGUUUUCAGAAAUACUUAACUUUCAUUAAGAAUCCAAUUGCUAAAAUAGUGAAUCACCUUGAUAUAUUUAUGCAUUUACCAAUGUAUUCAUUACCCGUGGUAAUGCUCUCUACUAUAACUGUUUUAUAAAAGCAGCAACGGCGCCAGAUAUUGAAAUUCAGUUACCUUAUAACGUGUUGAUCCGGCUUAAAGAAUCAAAAUAAGUAGGAGUACACUAUUAUUGAUGUACCAAACUCCCAUACUUAACCUUGCGCAACUUAAAUGAUUGAUUGUACCAUACAAGCUAACAUCAAUCUCAGAGACCUUUAUAUGAAAGUGGUACAUCGUUAGAAGGCAAAGUGUUGAUAAUGUAUCAUUCAUAGUAGAGAAUAAAGCAUUCUUAUUCAUAAUCAUUUUCUUUAUUUAUCAUACAUAAUUAUAUUAAACGGAAUUAAACAAAUUUCUGGAAAAUUAAAGUAAUGAACUUCAGAUAAAAGUUUAAAAUUGAAAAUUUAUUAUUAUUGUAGAAGAAACCAAAGUGAGGAUUUCCUAAAUGUCAGUCUUUCAUUUUAAAAGCACAAACUAUAACAAUACAUUCUUUGCAUGCUGACGUUACAUGUUGCAAACAUAAUUUUUUUACAUUUAUAGCACUUUUAUUUGGUCUUUUUACUUUUCUUACUUGAACAAUAAUAACAUCGGAUACAGAAUCUAGUGGAACCUCAUUUGCGGUGUCAGAAAUUUUGUAAAUAUCCCCAAUUCUCAUCUUUAUGAUUUUUAGAAUGUUUUUGCUAUAGAAGCAUAGCAUGUCGUUCAAUCAACCGGUUGCACAGAAGAACACUCUUCUGGGUUAUUUUCACUGUACAUCACAUAUAAGUUAAUAGCUGCUAUAUUUAGUGCGCCAUAAAAAAUUACCAUCGGCCAACAGCGCGAAAUUCGCGUGGAGUUGUAUGCUGCGCAUAAUUUAUCUACGGUGUCUACGCCACCUUUAGUUGAGUUGUAAUCAAUAAUCAUAUCAGGUUUAACAGUUGCUCUGUCUAUGAUAUCAUCUCUAUGCAUCGUAGAAAGAAGGAAUACAUUUUUGUUCUUUCGUGAAAUAUAUGGCACCAGAUGUCUCAUGAAAAGCGAACAUAGAACUUUUCUCAGGAUUUUUUAACUUCAUCUCUUCUGGAAUCUUUGGUUUAUUAUUCCUUAGGGUACCUAUGAGUGUUAAGCUGAGUUCCUUGAGAAGUUUAGAAGUCAAAUCAGUGCUUGUGAAAAAAUUAUUCAUUGUUAAGUUGCUUUAGAUCCCCAUACUGGUUCACACAACCUGGGAACUAAAGAUGUGUCAAGACAAUAUGGACCUGCUGGUUAUCGUCCAACAUAUAUUUCCAUUUUACCCAUCAUAUUUUUGUCGUUCUGUUCUUGUUGUUUUAUCGUCAGGUCGGAAAUUUUGAAGUAAGAAUUUAAAUCUUUCUAAUGACAUUGUCAGCCUGAAUAUUUCGGAUACCAUGCCAUCUGUUCAAAAGAGAUCGAGAAUGUUGUGAUAAUUGUUUUUCAUUUUACCAGCAAUAUAAAACAAUCCAAGCAGAGCUUUUAUUUGAUCUCUGUCCGUUGGUCUUGCCGUUCUGUUCGUUUCUGAGUAUUGCUUACUUUCAAUCUGCAUAUUUGUGUGUGCUACCAUAUUUUCUUUCAUGCCAUCUGCGAUAAAUAGACCAUAUUUCAGUUGAUACUGUCUUAUUUUUGGAUUCUCCUUUUACUCCUGGCAGCUGAGUUGUCAGCACGAGUUUUGAUAUUUGAACAUUUUCUUCCAUUUGGUGCCAUCUUUUGAUAUAAACAAGGUUCACAUGGUCUUCUCAAUUCAAAUGCAUCUAUCAGAUAUGUCUUGUUCUGUGUCAGAAUUCUCAUCUUGAAUUUCGACAUUAUCUUCUUCAAGAUUGUUCUCACUGUCAUAAGCUUCUUCAAUUCCACCUGAUUCAGCUUCAUCCCAAAGAUGCCGGAGUGAAUUGCAAAUACUAUUUAAAACAUCUAUUGUUAGUCUCACGUAUUACUUUUUUUUUCGGCUUUGUAUUUAUAGUAACUAAAUUUUUGUAUUAGGCACUGUAGCCACUUUUACAGAAAACAUGUUUUUUAUUUAUAUUAUUUUACUAUCAGUGGAUUGAAGAUAGGUUAUCCUUAACUCCUUUGAACUUAUUAAAAGUGUUAAAAAUAUCGUAGUAUAUCCAGUAUUUACCCAAAAGAUAUGCGUUUUAUUUUUACUUAUAAAAAAAUUGUGGAAAAUGUUGUUCUGAAGUGUUUUUAUUUUGGAAACUUCGUAUGUGAAUCUUAUCUUUUAGGUUUCAUACCAUAAACUUUUCAUUGACCUCGGCUUUUAUAUGUAUACUCAACAAUGUAAGGUUUAUGGUAAAAGAUUUUUUUUUAAUUUUUUUUAUAUACAAGAAUUGAAUAUAUUUUGUAAAAAAUAAAACAAAAAUAGAGUAUUUUAUAAAAAUAUAUUUUAGAUGUUUAGAGUUUUUCGCGUUUAUUUUGCUGUUUUGAACAAUUCGUAUUUGGAUAAUUUUACAAACACUUUAAAUUAUUUUAAUUAUUGAUCAAAUAAUAAGCACCACUUAGUAAGGGUUUGUUUUCACUGGUUAAGUUACCAAAAUAAAAAUUAUAUCUGUGGAGUUUAUUAUAAUUUCGGACAAAAUUAAGGAUAUAGCUACUAAUUGUAAAUUAUAAUAUGAGAUGCCUAUGCCUCGGUGGUUGUUUGACAUAAUUAUUUGAAGCCAGUAACAUUUUCUCCCAUUAUUAAAACAAAUCAAUGUCUAUUGUGUUAUUCGUAGGUAGUUUCUCUAUUUCUUAGAUCAUAUUAAAUGCUCUCCUAGUGAUCAGGAUUGACGUCGGUCUUCAGGACAACUCUGACCAUGUAGGCAUAAGCUAUACUGACAGAAACAGCCAUUUGAGCGCGUCAGUGAUUCUUGCUUAUAAGUCAAGGCUACCAAGGUAAACAUGAGAUAUUACCUCCGAUUUCCAUGAACCUGCAUUGAUUUGCAUGAAAAUAUGGAAUUAAGCUUGACUUACCCUUAUCUUAAAAAUUACCCCUAUGCCAAUAUUUGCUUAUUACUCUUAGGUGUGAACACUACCCCUUAUUACAAAAAUCAAUAAAAUGGUGAGUAUAAUCAUUUAAUGAGUAGAAAAAUAAUUUUAAGGUCUUAAUAAAACUUUUUAAAUAUAGUAUUCAUAAUUUUUUAACCCUGUUUGAUGUAUUUCAUCCAUUAUAGAGCACCCCCGGUUAAUAUAAAAUUCUCUUAUUUCGAAAAAAUUUAAAAAAAUUAUUAAACGUAUUUAUUCAUUUUGAUGAUUUAUUUAUUUUAAAUGGUUAUCUUUUUGUCUGUUGUGACUUGAAAAUUUGAUAUUUAGAAUUUUCAAUCCCUAUAAAUCAUCUACUAUUUCGAAAAAGAUAUUCACAGAAGUACUUAUACAAUUUUUUGAUUGAUUUAUUUCAAAUUGAUAUUUUUUAUCUCUUUUAACUUGAAUAUUAGGUAUUUAAAACUUUCAUCCCCUAAAAAUCAUCCCUUAUGACAAAAGUAUGAUGUUUUGUCUCGUGUAUCUCCGAUGCAUACUUUCAAAAAUUCAAAAUCUACCUGCUCCGAAAUUAAAAUAAAAAGUGUAUUUAGUUUUUUUGGUAAAUCUUGGUUAACUUUUAAGCAAAUUAGUCGCGCAACGCGUAGGAAAUUUUAUAAUCGUUUUGAAUUUCUUUAGCUCCCUCUUUUUUAAAGGGCGACGUGUAAAGGGUUCGAAAAUGGUAUCCAUCAUACGUUAAGGUACGAUUUGUAAGGUCAUAUAUCAGUUAUUUUAGAAGUUACAAAAAAUUCAAAAAAAGCAAAUAUUUGCUUAAAAAAAUAUUAACUUUUUGUUCACUAUCAAUUUUCAUGUAUAUUCUAUAGUUUUUCAGUAUUUUUAAAAAAAGGAGAAAUAUUGAAAAAUUUCGAAAAUGAUUUUUCGACUUAAAACAUAAUUUUUCUCGAAAUGAUGCAUAUAAACUUCCAGAAAUCAUUAUUAGUGGACAAAUAAAGUAAAUCAUCACUGGAUUAUAUUUUUAUUGCAAUUUGGGUACUAUUGCUAACGAUAAAAUUGAGGGUUUUUUUCUACAAAAAAAAAUAUAAAUCGAUUUUAUUUCGGACAUAAUUUUCUUAGUUUUUAUGCUAUAGAAUGCCACUAUCUCUCAUUUUAAAGCUUUUAAAAAGAUAAUAUGCAAUUAUCUCGAAAAGUUGACCGUUUCUAGGAAUAUUUUUUGCUUGAAAUUUGGUCCUCUAUCAAUUUCCGCGGUUAUUUUAAACAUAAAAAUUUUCACCUCCUAGUUGGGGUGGAUAAGGCAAAAGGCGUAGGGUAAAUUUUUCUUUUUGAGGUAUUUCCUGCAUGCUGUCAAAAUUUCAUUAAAAUCGAUGUAUGUUCAUAGAAAUCGGAGGUGAAAACCUUGGUAUCUUGGAUUGUAUCCAAUGCUUAGGAGAAAUAUAAUAUGUAUACACAUAGAACAUGUGGCAACAGCAACUUACUAUGUGGAAUCUAUCUCAUGUUUAUAUAAAAAUAAUGAAUGCAAAAUCCGUCAAGACACCACAGAAAGGCCUUAAAGUUAAUUUUUACAGAGCAUAGGAAUUGAAUAUUUUUUUUACUUGCCUAAAAGUACUUAUUUAAGAGAUGAAUUGGCGUGUUUAAAAUUUAGUAUGGUUUUCAUUAAAUAAAUUACAGUUUAAAAUUGGCAAAUAUAAGUGAUAUUGCAUUUACAUAUUUCAUUUGUAUUAACCAAUUUGAAAUCUUUCAAUUUGUUCCAAAUUUAUGUCAAAUUCCUAAGAUGAAAAUAGUUUAUACACUCUACAGUAAAACCAUAUGAACUUGAAUAAAUAUUUAUGUAAAUUUAGAACUGUUAUAUACUAUCUGAAGUGACAAUAUUAACAUAUCAAUACUAUAUUUAGUAGAAUACGAUUAUUCUACAGCGUGAUAAGUGGCCUUGUAAUGUACAUACAUCAAUAUGGAUUGAUUUUUCCAGUGUCUUAAGAUAAUGAAUUUUAACAAAACUAAUCAUACCCUAUUUGGUGCUUACUACUUGUAUUUUUUUCAGCAGCUGUGCUAUAAACAUGUAUUUACUUUGUCAAUAAAAAUUAUUCAAACACCA